AUGGAGCAGUUCCAGGACGGCCACCACGUGCGGCUGCGGAGCCGCGUGCACGGCACGUACCUGCACGCCAACGAGGACGGGCAUGGCGUCUCCCUCCACCACUGCCGGGCGUCUAUGAACGCGGCUUGGGCGGUGCACCUGUACCAGGGCGAUGCCGAUGACGAUGCCCAGGCCCAGCACGUGCUUCUCCACAGCGCCGCCUACGGCCGCUACCUCGCCGCCACGAACGCGCCGGCGCCGCUAGGCCACCGCGGGCGCCGCGUCGAGCAGCGCAACUACGAUGAUCAAGAGGAGGAGGCCAUCAGGUGGCAGGCCGUCGGGGCCGACUCCGGGAACGACGUCCUGCUCCGCAACGUCGUCGGCCGCAACCUCCGCGACGGCGCCCGGCGCCACCUCCGCGCCAACGGCAGGUACAUCCGCACCGGCGUCAGCGUCGACGUCUUCGACAACUUCAGCACGAAGAUGCUCUGGGCGGUGGAGCCCAUCCCCGCCAGGGACGGCAUGCCUCCCCUUCGACGUCCGAUUUGUCUUCCCUUCCCCGGAAGACUCACCACCCUGUUGGAGCCGCGGCUGAUCGUGUACGUGCGGGCGGGCGCCGACGGGACCCGCAUCAGCCACGGCGCGUUCGUGUUCAGGGGGAAGUCCGUGUUCCACCUGAGGAAAAAGCUAGCCCGCCGGCUGGAGGCUCUCAUGGACGUCUCCAACCUCGCCAUGUGCGUCGAAGCCGGUACUUUCGGGCGUCUUACCCCGCUCGUCGUCGAUCUGCCCCGCAGCCGCCACAUCGUCGGAACUGUCCAUGUCCAGGAACUCCACAUCGUCGUCUUUGCGGGCGGGACGCCAGCACGUCACGCGUCAUCUUUACGGCCGCACGGGCCCGUCGCCAGCAGCAGCCACCUCGCCACGCGAGCAGCAACAGCAGUCAAGCGUCAUGGGUGCGGGGGAGAGGAGGGGCAGUGGGAGGAGGACCAGGUGGAUGCCGCGGCAAAGGAGUUCGAGCGGCAGCAGAAGGAGGAGGUGAAUUGCAAGGUCGCCUCCCAGAAGGCGUCCCCCGUCAUCCUCUCAUGCAAGGCCACCAAGGUCGUCCUCGAUAAGCGCGAGCUUGGCAAGGGCAUCGUCCGCCUCCUCCCUUGCAUCAUCCUCGAGGCCCUCCACGACUUCGUCGCCUCGCUCCGCUAG